GCAUUCUGCACCUUUGCGGUCCUGAAUGUCAUGACAGGAGUUUUCUGUCACUCGGCAAUCCGGUCUGGUGAGCAAGAUCACUUGAAUCGGCUUGACAAUCGACAAGAGUUUCGAGAAAUUCUGCAAACAAUCUUUGAACGGAUGGAUAGCUCGGGUGAUGGACUGCUGACAUUGUCGGAGUUUGAGAGUAUCUUUGAGAGUGAAGCGAUGCAGGCCUUCUUGGACACUGCUGAGAUCAACGCCUCGGAUGCUUGGACUCUCUUUAUCUCCUUAGAUGUGGAUGGAGAUCAUGUGGUGGACGCUGAGGAGUUCACGAAGAGGUGCUUGACCCUGCGCGGACCUGCCCGGUCCAUGGAUAUUUUUGCUUUGACACGUCACAACAUGAAGAUCCGAGAGCAGCUCAAGGCGCUGGACCAGAAGAUCCAUCGGCUGAGUAGCUUGACUCCAGGGGAUGAUGCAGACUUUGAAAUCUAGAUGCGGAAUGCCUUGGAGAGCUUCUUCAAGCCAACCAGAAUGCCAUUUGAUGCCAGAUACUCCUUUUAGUAUUGUAGCUUGCCUUCCUCUGAGUAUUGACAUGCUAUAUAGAUUGGAUUAUCAACAUUCAAAAAUUCGCCAUCAGUGACAUUUUGCAAUCUCAUCCUGCAAAAGCAGGCAUGGGUCACCAAUGCAUGAUGACACAAGAAAGGCGG